UGUAACCUGGGGGGAAUUGUCUCUUAAGGUGUCAGAUAUAAUAAUGAGCUUUUCCCUCUUUUGACUGACAAAUUGCAUUGGAUUGGUAUGUGCCCUCCAUAGCUCUGUUUACACACUUUUUUACUUUGGGAAUAGCUUUUACACCAAACCUUGUUCACAUAAGUGUUUAUGCUACUCGCUGCCCAUCAACUCAAUAGGUGUUCAUUCAGUUUCUUUUUGGCCUCUACAUAAGAUGGGAUCCCUCAAGAAAACACAUGGACAGUGUGUGGUGCUUCUCUCAUGUCCAUGUUCUUUCUGGGGGGGGGGGGGGUCACGUGAGCAUUUGCCACAGAUGUUGCAAAAAAUGCAGUGACUUAGAUCAGAAACUGAUACAAGACUUUUCUCACACGCAGGUCACACAUAUGAUUACUCCCCUUGUGUGAGUCCUCAUAUACUUUGUUAUACUUGCCUUUUCAUGGUAGCGUUUGCCACAUUCACUACAUGCAAUGUGGAUUCUUUCCUUUGUGAGUCCUCAUAUGCACAUCCAGGUAUCCGUUGCCACAUUCAUGGCAGCAAAAUGUUUUCGACCCUGUGUGAAUCAUCAUGUGCACCGUUAAAGACUCUGCUUUACUUUGUAGCACUUGCCACAUUCAUUGCAGCAGUACGAUUUCUUCUUUCCUAUGUGAGUCGUCAUAGGACUGUCCAGGUACUUCUUGGUUUUGAACCAUUUGCCACAUUCAUGGCAGCAGUAGGUCUUCUCUUUAGAGUGAGUUAACCGGUGGAAUUUUAGAACAUUAAAACACAUUAUGGAUUUCUCACAUAUAAGGCACUUAUAGGGUCUCUCCCCUGUGUGAAUCCUCAUAUGCCCUGUUAAGACUUGGUUUUUCCUCUGAACCAAUAUGCCACAUUCAUUGCAGCAGCAUGUUUUUUCCCCUGUGUGAUUCUUCAACUAACUACUGCCCCCGCACAUUGACUCUGUACCAGCAACCAGCAAGAAUGUGGAAAAUCCUAUAGAUGUCGUUCAUACGAAGUAUCACACAGAGGAGAAAUCACACAAAUGUCCUAUAUAUAUAUAUUACUGCUGCUCUUUAAUUACUUGUUACUUUUAUCUCUUAUUCUUUUCCGUAUUUAAAAAAAAAACUGCAUUGUUGGUUAGGGGCUCGUUAGUAAGCAUUUCACUGUAAACCUGUUGUAUUUGGCGAAUGUGACUAAUAACAUUUUGAUUGAUUGAGCAAUAGGUUACGCACUUUGAAGGAUUUGCCAUGUCUUUUCCACCUGUGUGAAUUCUCAGAUGACUUUUGAAAAUCGCUGACUCUGAAAUAGCAUUUACUGCACACAGGACAUUUGUGUGAUUUCUCCUCUGUGUGAUACUUCGUAUGAACGACCAGCCAUCUCAUACAUCUAUAGGAUUUGCCACAUUCUUUACACUGAUAUGGUUUCUCUCUGUGUGCAUUCUCUGAUGCUUAUCCAAACUGCUAAUAAUAGGAUUCAUUGCACACAGGACACCUUGUGUGUUUCCCCCCCCCCCCCUGUGUGAAUCUAUGUAUGAACGGCCAGGUGUCUCUCUGCUAUGAAGGAUUCGUCACAUUCAGUGGAAUGUGAUCUCUCUUUAUAUGCAUUCUUUACAGAGCUUGGAACUGAGAAGCAUUUAUUGCACACGGGACAACUGAAGCAUUUGUCCCCUGUGUGACUUCUCAUAUGCCUUGUCUAGUUUGUAAUUACAGUCAAAGUGCUUUGCAACGAUAUGCUUUCUCCCUUGUGUGAAUUCUCUAAUGUCUUAUUAGGCUUGUUUAAAACAUUUACUGCACAUGGAACACCUGAAUAAUUUCUCCUCUCUGAAAUUUCAGGUGUUUUUUUCUAUAUAUAUAUAUUUAUUAAUGUAUUGCUCUGAUAAAGCCCAUACUGCACGACACAUGAUACGUUUCUUCCCUGUGUGAGUCAUCAAUGGUGCUUUGAGCUCACUGGUUGUCUUAGCUUUUGUACAGAUAAGAACUUUGUCCUUUCUUUCCCAGUGUCUUUAAUCCUAAUAGUAGUCCUUCAUACAUUAUAUUACACACACACACACACACACACACACACACACACACACUACCGUUCAAAUGUUUGGGAUCACUUAGAAAUGUCCUUGUUUUUGAAAGUAAAGCACAUUUUUUGGUCCAUUAAAAUAACAUCAAAUUGAUCAGAAAUACAGCGUAGACAUUUAAUGUUGUAAAUGUCUAUUGUAGCUGGAAACGGCAGAUUUCUAAUGAAAUAUCUACAUGUGCGUACAGAGGCCCAGUAUCAGCAACCAUCACUCCUGUGUUCCAACAGCAUGUUGUGUUAGCUAAUCAAAGUUAAUAAUUUUAGAAAACCCUUUUGAAAUUAUGUUAGCCAAGAAACUAACGAUCUCGUACAGCGCUGUGUACUACUCCCUUCACAGAACAGCGCAAACUGGCUCUAAACAGAAUAUAAAGAGUGGGAGGCCCCAGUGCACAACUGAGCAAGAGGACAAGUACAUUAGUGUCUAGUUUGAGAAACAGACACCUCAAGUCCUCAACUGGCAGCCUCAUUAAAUAGUACCCCCAAACACCAGUCUCAACGUCAACAGUGAAGAAGUGACUCCGGGAUGCUGGCCUUCUAGGCAGAGUUGCAAAGAAAAAGCCAUAUCUCAGACUGGCCAAUAAAAAGAAAAGAUUAAGAUGGGCAAAAGAACAGACACUGGAACUCUAAACUAGAAGGCCAGCAUCCCGGAGUUGCCUCUUCACUGUUGACGUUGAGACUGGUGUUUUGCGGGUACCAUGUUAACUAGAAAACUAAAUGUUAUUGGCAAAGAGGUUUGGAACUAUUUUCUAUUGGUCUAGAAGCAGGUGAUGUCACCAGGCAAACCAGAACUCCAUCCCAUCAUAUACAUUUCUUUAUUUUCUAAUAGCGCUUAGACUAAAAGGACAUUAUAAUAUUUUUCUCAAUUUCACAGUGUGGAAAUAUACAGUGUUGUUAAAGUAUUCAGCCCUUGACUUUUUCCACAUUUUGUUACGUUACAGCCUCAUUCUCAAAUUUAAUAAAACAUUUUCCCCAUCAAUCUACACACAAUACCACAUAAUGACAAAGCAGAAAAAGGUUUUUAGAAAUGUUUGCUAAUUUAAUAAAAAUGGCACACCUUUAUUUGGGGAGUUUCUCACAUUCUUCUCUGCAGAUCCUCUCAAGCUAUGUCAGGUUGGAUGGGGCAUUUUCUUAGCUGUGUGCUUAGGGUUGUUGUCCUGUUGUAAGGUGAACCUUCACCACAAUCUGAGGUUUUGAGCAGGUUUUUAAAUCAAGGAUCUCUGUACUUUGCGCCGUUCAUCUUUCCCGCAAUCCUGACUAGUCUCCCAGUCCCUGAAAAACAUCCCCACAGCAUGAUGCUGACGACACCAUGCUUCACCGGAGGGAUGGUGCCAAGUUUCCUCCAGACGUGACGCUUGGCAUUCAGGCCAAAGAGUUCAAUCUUGGUUUCAUCAGAUCAGAGAAUCUAGUUUUUCAUGGUCUGAAAGUCUUUAGAUGCCUUUUGGCAAACUCCAAGCAGGCAAUCAUGUGUGGCUUUUACUGAGCAGUGGCUUCCGUCUGGCCAAUCUACCAAAAAGGCCUGAUUUGGUGGAGUGCUGCAAAGAUGGUUGUCCUUCUGGAAGUUUCUCCCAUCUCCACAGAGGAACUUUGCAGCUUUGUCAGAGUGACCAUCGGGUUCUUGGUCACCUCCCUGAACAAGGCCCUUCUGCCCCGAUUGCCCAGUUUGGCCCGGGCAGCCAGCUCUAGGAAGUCUUGGUGGUUCCAAACUUCUUCCAUUUAAGAAUGAUGGAGGCCACUGUGUUCUUGGGUACCUUCAAUGCUGCAGACAUGUAGUGGUACCCUUCUCCAGAUCUGUGCCUUGACACAAUCCUGUCUCGGAGCUCUACGGACAAUUCCUUCGAUCUCAUGGCUUGGUUUUUGCUCUGACAUGCACUGUCAACUGUGGGAACUUAUAAAGACAGGGGUGUGCCGGUCCAAAUCAUGUCCAAUCAAUUGAAUUUACCACAGGUGGACUCCAAUCAAGUUGUAGAAAACAUCUCAAGGAUGAUCAAUGGAAACAACAUUCACCUGAGCUCUAUUUCGAGGUAUCAUAGCAAAGGGGCUGAAUAGUUACGCAGGUAAGGUAUUUCCAUUUAUUUAUGUAUUUAAUACAUUCUGAAAAUCCUGUUCACUUUGUCAUUAUUGUGUGUAGAUUAUAGGAUUUUUAAAAACAUUUUAUUUAAUCAAAUUUAGAACAAGGCUAUAACGUAACAAAAUGUGGAAAAAUUCAAGGGGUCUGAAUACUUUCCAAAGGCACUGUAUAUAAAACACAGGAAAUCAGUUUUUUGACUGCACUGGGCCUUUAAUGUCUAAACACAGACUCUGUCUACUACUAAUACUAGGUUACUAGUGCUGCAUUCACGCAGACAGCUCAAUUCUGAUGUUUUCCACUAAUUGGUCUUUUUCAAAGCUGAUCUGAUUGGUCAAAAGACCAAUUAGUGAAAACAAUUAUCACAAUUGGGCUGCCUGUCUAAACGUAGCCUAAGACACUUCACACAGCCUACUCCUACAUGAAUGUGUUUUGAAGUAGUCGGUAUGGGUCAGGGGAGAACGACUGCCCAGUCAUUGGAGGUUCAAGGCCGACCGCGGUACUGCAGGCAUCAGCCGAGAACAGGAUCCCCAUUAUAGUGAAAGGAAAAAUCUGUGUAAAUAAAAUGUUUUGAAGACAAUUAUGGUACCAAUAAUUGCUUCUAAUACACCAGAUGUAUGUCCUUGAACCGAUUAUUUUAAAAUCGCACAGAAGUUUAUGAGAAUAAUUUAGUUGCUAAGGGCAGCACUAAGACGGCUACGUCAUUUCCUGGAGUAGCUCAAACAGGGUCAUGUCUAGUUGGGAUUUUUUUCUUUCUUGCAUUUUAGCUAACCUUAACCUAAUUCUCCUAACCUGCUGCAUAACUUCACCUAAACCUUCUUUGUAAAGUCAAUUUUGACAAAAGCUGUAUCCCUUCUAGACAAAGCCCUCAAACUACACAUGUUAUGUCUCCAAGAGACGCCAUCUAAAAGGUUUGUUCCUCCUUAGAACCAACUUCUCUGGUUUUAAAACGGCCUGUGGCAUCGAUGUGAGUCAAGCUUUAAUUAUAGUGUCAAAACUGCAUUGCCAUUUUGACAUUUUUUGUUGUUGCUUUAUCUGGGUCAAGUCUGAAUCACUGUCCACAAUAAAAAAAAUAAAAAAAAGUUAUUUACCCAGUCAGACAUAACGUAACGUUUGCAAAUAGGCUAUUGGUAAUGUUAACAGGUCCACGUUCAGUUGAAAAAAAGUUAAUGAACAUUGCAGAUAGAAAUGCCAUGAAUACAGCCGAGGUUGUUCCAGAGAGGCAUGUUUGUUCUGCAUACCUGAACGUACCCUAAACGUUGCGUCCUGCUGAACGCACUCCCCCGGGUUGUUAGCUAUAGCUAGCUAAUGAGGUAACAUGACUGAACAAAGUGUAGCCUAAACAAACGGUUAAACGAUCCGGUCUGCAAAGUAGCCGUGUUUUACAGCAGCCUGCGAUAUGCUUUUUGAAUGUAAAAUGCGGUCCACCAAUGCAAGAUAGAAAUGAAUAAAAUGUAGCACCGGUAUUAUGGGUGAAGUCUUUUAAACCGUAGCCUUAAAGGUCUAGAAUGAAGUUGUUAUCUAUAAGGAGAAGAGGGAGACUUGGCUACCAUGUUGGCUACACAACCUGUAUAUGAAAUGUAGUGGGAAAAGUGGAAAGGUUGAACGGGAAUACAACAUUUCAAAGAUUGUCUACUUUUCUAUAGCCUAUUCAAGGGAGAGAAAAACAUAGCUACUGUUUUACUAUUAAACUCAAUAUUGUUUUUGUCUUAUUAAAGCAGCAGCUUGUGUUUCUUAACCAGACACGGGUAGCUACUAGAAAACUGGUGGGGACUGGUUAGUUUAGGGAAAGCAAGAGAGUAGGCGGUGCGAUGUGUUAUAAUCGGAGGCAGAGCUGGAGCCAGUUUGUCCACACUCAUAAUGUCUGUCGAAAGAAUAGACGACUCUUGGUCGACCGAUACUUUCUUUUUAGUCGGAUAGCCCUGCAGAAUAUAGAAAUGGUCAUAUUGUUAGUUAGCCAAUGUAUGUUAAACUGUUUGCGUGCAACUACCUAGCAGGGUAACCAAACACACCAGACAACGGUUUUGAUACGAUGUAGGGUGUUCAAUAAAAACUGAUCUUUUGACCAAUGGGUAAAAUUGUGUAGAUAAAUCCUCUAAUGAGACCAAAUGGUCAAAACCUCAUGUCGCUAAAAAUUGAGUUUUUACCCUUGUAGGAUUGCCAAAAUUAGGGUGACUAAAUCAAUGGAGGCCAGAUAAAUAUUGGGUGGUCAAAAAUCAUAUAAACUGCAUCGGACCAGGCAAUGUUUUUCCACUCCUCAGUUGUCCAGUGUUGGUGUUGAAGUGCCCACUGGAGCUGCUGCUUCUUGUUUUUAGCUGAUAGGAGCGGAACCUGGCGUGGUCGUCUGCUGCAAUAUCCAAUCCGUGACAAGUUGUGCGUUCAGAGAUGCCUUUCUGCACACCACUGUUGUAAACCCUAGACACUGUCGUGCGUGAAAAGCACAGCCGUUUCUGAGAUACUGGCACCGGCGAUCAGACCACGCUCAAAGUUUCUUAGGUCAGUCGUUUUACCCAAUCAAACAUUCAAUUGACCAGUAACUGAAUGCCUCAAAACCUGUCUGCCUCCUUUAUAUAGCAAGCCACGGAUCUCACUGUCUGUAGGAACUAACCAUUUUCGUGAACGAGAUGGUGAAACUUCUCGGGACACUGUCAUUCCCAGAUAGUCCCUCUCGCGAGACAAAUGCCGCGUUCAAAACAACUGGAAACUCGGGAGAAAGAAAUGUCAAAUAAUGACUUCAGUGAUCUUCAGAUCGGAGCUCCUGAAAUGUCCCGAGUUCUCAAAUUGGAUGACCGUUCAAACCGAUUUUUCCCAGACGCUACUUUGCUAUCGUUUUUUCCACUGCCAUGAAAAUCUUAUCAGCCACGGUUGUUUAAUCGUUUCUGAUGCUCCUCUGCAACCUUUUUCCCAUUGUACCAAAUAACUCCACAGCUACUGCUGUUAAUCGCUCGGUAAUAAACACAUUCAACAGCUGUACUUCAGACAUUUUGGAAAAAGUACACUUCAGAUGCUCAUAAAUAAAUCAACUAAAGGUAGUCGUAUUGACCGCAGGCGCAUAGAAUCACUUCCGGCACAAUUUUUUUGUAUUGCCCUUCAAAAUAGAAAAUAAAAACAUUGAUGUAUUCAAUACAUAUGCGAAAAUAUUAUAAUUAAUAUUAUUUGCUGUUAUGUACAACUUCCCUUUUAUGUUGAACGCUUUUUGAUUACAGGGAGUGACGUGUUUUGGUUUUCCACCAAAACCUCCGACUGAAUUGUAAUGUAUUUUAAAAUGGCGUUACCCGCUGUCACUCGUGCAUUCUUUACUAAUAUGAAUCAAAUAAAGCAAUGUAUGUCAGAGGGCUUCCGGAACCUGUCUUUAGGUAGUCGAGUUCAUGCGAGGACACAAUCAUUGAAAUGUCUGAAAAGGACGACUUCUCAAUCGUAUGCUAUCCAUGCUACUGUGCACAGAAGGUCACCGCUAUACCGCAGCUGCGAAAGCAAUGGCGAUGAAAAUAGUCGUGCUACUAGUAACUGGACUUAUGCAAUGUGGAGUGUAAUUGGGUUCUCUCUCUUCAGCAAAGCUGAGGAGGACACCAGAACUGAUGCCCAGAAGAAAGAAGAUGAAAUUAUUUUACUUUUGAAGAGAGCCAAGCUCAGUAUGAUGCGGGGGCAGUUGCAUGGAGCCAAUGGAUUCCUCCACCAGGCCAUCGCGCUGGCCCACCAGACUAACAAUACACAAGCCAUCAUCUACACCUACAGCUUGAUGGCGAAUCUUGCCUAUGUCCAAGGUCAGCUGGAUAAUGCAGAGAAACUGUUCAAAGUGGCCAUGAGUUUCAUGUUGUCCGGAGGAACACCACAGGAUGACAAUGGGGUCAUUGAGAUGUCCUUGAAGCUCGCUACCAUAUAUGCCGGCCAGGAGAAGAAUGACUUGGCAGAGAUGGGUUUCCAGUUUUGCACUGAAUCCCUUGAAACCAAGUUGGAGAAAUUCAAGGAACUUCCUGCUGAGGAGCAAUCGGAGGAGUUGCGGAAGGAGACCCGGCUCCUACUGGGCCUGACCCUGGACUCCCACGCCCGCUACAUGGUCGCUAUACACCGCCUGAGGCAGGCGGUGGUGGACUACAAGCAAGCCUUGCUGAUCUGUCAGGAAGAGCAGGGAGAGACCCACCCACAGUCCUUGGUGCUGAUGAGUGACCUGGCCACCAUCCUGGACAUGCAGGGUUGCCACGACGAGGCUCUGCCCCUGGUGAAGCAGGCUGUGGAGCUGAGCAGAGAAGCCGGCCACCCUGACCAACAUGUGCUGCUGGGAAACAUGGCAGGCAUCCUACUGCACAAUGAUCUUUUUGAGGAGUCUGUGAAGCUGUACAAGGAGGCCCUGGCUCUGGCCCAGUCUGCAGGAGAUGAAGAAGCACUGGAGCAGAUCCAGGAGGGACUGAAAGAGGUGGGCAACAGGAGGAAAGCACAGAAGGCAGAAGCAGCCAAGAAUAAGACCGACUGACCGGUUGGAUCAACUAAACUAAUCUUAUUAACACAACCCCCAAGCAAUCUCUCUUAACUUGUCUGUGCUGAAGGGAUCUGAGUGGUCAGUGUUAGCACAAGUUAUGGAGUACAGGGCAUUUAGCUCAGAAAGAGAAGAACAACACUGUCACAUCGUAACAGAUGUCUUGGAACCGUUUCUUACACUGGGCAAUUAACAAUUAUCUGUGAAACCCCAAUGAUGUUGUCUGUAUUGUGGGAAAUCUCACUCCUUCAAUGUGGUGUCUGUUUUGUUGUCAGAUUGGCAUUAAGAUGUAAUGGGAACACCUCAGGGCUUAAUUAAGUCCGUGGCCAGAAUUCAAUCAAAAGGUGUGUUGUCGACAAGCGUAAUUGCACUUGACUUUUCAAUUAUGACUUUAAAUUUACGUUUGUGCUGGCAUCUUCAGAGUUUGUCAUGAAUGCGAUCUCUCCACGAACGUCGAGGGGAAAUGCCCAAAGGCACAUUGUUCGACAGAGCGAUUGAUGACAAUGUGUGUUGUUUGAAUUCCAUCCUGAAUGAUGGCGCCUUAGUCUGACUUGCCAUUGCUGUCUGAAUCACUAAAUGAAACUAAGACAUGUAAAUGUUGUAUGGGCUAGAAUGGGACAUAGGACUUAAUUGGCAGCUUCAAGAGUGAAAGGCCUAAUCAAUAACCUUUUUGUGAACAGAGAUGUAUCAUAAAAACUGUAUAUAUAUAUAUAUAUAUAUUACAUACAGUGAAUUUGGAAAUAAUUCCGACUUUUUCCACAUUGAUACGUUAUAGCCUUAUUCUAAAAUGGAUUAAAUAGUUUUUCCCUUCAUCAAUCAAUACACAAUACUCCAUAAUGACAAAGCAAAAACUGGUUUUUAGAAAUGUUUGCAAAUUUAUUAAAUUUACAUAAGUAUUCAGACCCUUUACUCUGUACUUUAUUGAAGCACCUUUGACAGCGAUUACAGCCUCGAGUCUUCUUGGGUAUGACGCUACAAGCUUGGCACAACUGUAUUUGGGGAGUUUCUCCCAUUCUUCUCUGCAAAUUCUCUGAAGCUCUGUCUGGUUGGAUGGUGCACAGCUAUUUUCAUGUUUCUCCAGAGAUGUUUGAUCGGUUUCAAGUCCAGGCCACUCAAGGAGAUUGAUUCAGAGACUUGUCCUGAAACCAUUCCUGUGUUGUCUUGGCUGUGUGCUUACGGUCGUUGUUCCGUGGAAGGUGAGCCUUUGCCCCAGUCUGAGGUCCUGAGCGCUCUGGAGCAGGUUUUCAUCAAGGAUCUCUGUACAUUGCUCCGUUAAUUUUUCCCUCUACUGACUAGUGCUCAGACUGUCCGCAAUAGGCUAAGGAGAGCCUGGACUGAGGGCUUAUAGGCCUGUUGUAAGGCAGGUCCUCACCAGACAGGACCUCACCGGCAACAACGUUGCCUAUUGGCACCAAUCCACCGUUGCUGGACCGGCAAAAGUGCUCUUCACUGACGAGUAGCGGUUUUGUCUCACCAGGGGUGAUGGUCGGAUUCGCGUUUAUCGUCGAAGGAAUGAGCGUUACACCGAGGCCUGUACUCUGGUGCAGGAUUGAUUUGUAGGUGGAGGGUCUGUCAUGGUCUGGGGCGGUGUGUCACAGAAUCAUUGGACUGAGCUUGUUGUCAUUGCAGGCCAUCUCAACGCUGUGCGUUACAGGGAAGACAUCCUCCUCCCUCAUGGUACCCUUCCUGCAUGCUGAUCCCGAUAUGACCCUCCAGCAUGACAAUGCCACCAGCCAUACUGCUCGUUCUGUGUGUGAUUUCCUGUAAGACAGGAAUGUCAGUGUUCUGCCAUGGCCAGUGAAGAGCCCGGAUCUCAAUCCCAUUGAGCACGUCUGGGGCCUGUUGGAUCGGAGGGUGAGGGCUGGGGCCAUCCCCCCCAGAAAUGUCAGAGAACUUGCAGGUGCCUUGGAAGAGUGGGGUAACAUCGCACAGCAAGAACUGGCAAAUCUGGUGCAAUCCAUGAGGAGGAGAUGCAGUACUUAAUGCAGCUGGUGGCCACACCAGACACUGACUUGAUUUUGACCCCCCCCCCCCCCCCCCCCCCCCCCGUUCAGUGACACAUUAUUCCAUUUCUGUUAGUAACAUGUUUGUGGAACUUGUUCAGUUGUUGAAUCUUAUGUUCAUACACAUGUUAAGUUUGCUGAAAAUAAACUCCGUUAACAGUGA